AAAGCUUCCAGAGGCUUUAUACCCGCUGUCACAUUUGGCAAACACCGCAUGCCCAAGGCCGUGAGCCCACCUGUCUCCGCGCUGUUCGCGGUCGCCAAGCCGUCGGGACCGACGUCUAUGGCCGUGGUGAACGACAUCAAGAAGCUCGUUACGCGGUCGCGCCUGUUCGUGAAGGAAGACGAGCUCAAAAAGGCGGAGAAACAGCGGCCAAAGAAGGGCAAGAGCGCAAAGUACGCGCGGGAGGCGGUUAAGAUAGGGCAGGGAGGCACGCUGGAUCCCCUCGCGGAUGGAGUACUCGUUAUUGGCGUAGGCAAAGGAACGAAGAGGCUUUCUGAGUUUUUGGACUGUGUCAAGGAAUACCGCACCGCUGCACUUCUGGGGUGCGAGACGGAUUCUUUCGAUAGUGAGGGUGCUGUUGUACGCGUCGCGUCAUGGAAACACGUCACACGAGAAAAGGUGGAGGAAGCUCUACCUAAAUUUAGAGGGGACAUCCAACAGAAGCCGCCAAUAUUCUCUGCCCUCAAAAUGGAUGGCAAGCACCUAUAUGACUAUGCACGCCAAGGCAUCCCGCUCCCACGGCCAAUCGAGGCACGACCCGUCACCGUGCACGGGCUCGACAUCCUCGAGUGGAAGGGUAGCGACCACAGCUUCCGGUACCCAGAGACAAAGUUCACAGACGAGCAGAAGAGCGCGCUCGAGAAAGCGAUGCACGGCAUCGAGGACCAGGUCAUCGUCAAAGAUGAACCUGAGGCCGCUGCUUCGGAGGACACACCAUCGACAGCGUUCGUACUGCAGAUGCGUGUGUCCGGCGGAACGUACGUACGUUCCAUCGUGCACGAUCUCGGACAUGCGGUUGGCUCCGCGGCACACGUCGUGACCCUCACGCGCUCGCGGCAGGGACGCUUUGCCCUCGAGCCGAGCGAAGAGGACAACACCCUUGGGUGCGUGCCAUGGGAGAUCUUUAAAAAAGCCGUGGAGGACCCUGGAGAAUCCGACGCGGACGGUUGGCACGAGUGGGAACGGGCUGUCAUGGACAAGAUGGAGGUUCUCGAGUGAAAGCUAGUUAGACUACGUGUGUGAGUGCGUCUGAUAUGUUGCCGCCGAUGACUCUACCUAGGUACGUGUGUUCUCGGAGCAUCAUGCCAGUGAUUGACAGCGGGUUACACACGCAGAUAGUAACUUGUAUUGUAG